UCACCAGAUCCUGUAGUCUCGCCCUGCUGUGCCCUGCUCGGCCCAGGAACCUUCAGUCGAAGGCCUGUUCUGGUCCCCCUUUAGAUCUCAGAUCUGCUACACUUUCCAGGAUGCCGCUGUCUCGUUCCCUGUCCAUGUCGUCUCUGAGCGGCGUUCUGCCGGCCUGGGAGGAGGAUGAGCUGCCGGUGGACGACCUGCUGCUGUUUGAAGUGGCCUGGGAGGUCACCAACAAAGUGGGUGGAAUCUACACGGUGCUGCAGACCAAGGCCAAGAUCACCACAGAUGAAUGGCGGGAGAACUACUACAUGAUGGGGCCGUACUUUGAACACAACUUCAGCACCCAGGUGGAGGGAUGUGAGCCGCCCCACCCUGCUGUCAGGAAGGCCAUGGACUCGCUGAUCCACAACGGCUGCCAGGUCCAUUUUGGACGCUGGCUGAUCGAGGGCAGCCCGUUUGUGAUUCUGUUUGAUAUUGGAUCCGCUGCCUGGAACCUGGACCGCUGGAAGGGGGACUUGUGGCAGACCUGCAGCAUCGGCCUGCCGUACGACGACAGAGAGGCCAACGACUCGCUGAUCCUGGGCUCCUUGAUCGCCUGGUUCUUCAAGGAGCUGACGGAUCAACUCGGAGACAAGCCCAAUGUGAUCGGUCAUUUCCACGAGUGGCAGGCGGGACCUGGACUCAUUCUCUCCCGCUCGCGUAAAAUUCCUAUGGCGACAGUGUUCACAACCCACGCAACUCUGCUGGGACGGUACCUUUGUGCUGGGAACGCUGACUUCUACAACAACCUGGACAAGUUCAGCAUUGACAAGGAGGCAGGUGACAGGCAGAUCUACCACCGGUAUUGCCUGGAGAGAGCAGCCGUCCACUGCGCUCACGUCUUCACCACAGUCUCCCAAAUCACAGCAGUGGAGGCCAACCAUAUGCUGCACAGGAAGCCAGAUGUUGUGACACCAAACGGGCUGAAUGUGAAGAAGUUCUCAGCCAUGCAUGAGUUCCAGAACCUGCACUCUACCAACAAGACCCGGAUCCAGGAGUUUGUCAGGGGGCAUUUCUAUGGUCAUCUGGACUUCAACCUGGACAGAACGCUUUUCUUCUUCAUUGCUGGACGCUAUGAGUUCUGCAAUAAGGGGGCCGACAUCUUCCUAGAAUCUCUGUCCAGACUCAACUACCUGCUGCGGGUCCACAGAAACGAUGUGACCGUGGUGGUUUUCUUCAUCAUGCCGGCAAAAACCAACAACUUUAACGUGGAGUCCCUGAAGGGCCAGGCAGUGCGCAAGCAGCUCUGGGACACGGCUCACGCUGUGAAGGAGAAGUUUGGCAAGAAGCUAUACGACGCUCUGUUAAAGGGGCAGAUUCCUGAUAUGAACUCCAUCCUGGAUCGAGAUGACUUCACUAUAAUGAAGAGAGCCAUCUAUGCCACUCAGAGACACAGCCUUCCUCCAGUGACGACCCACAACAUGCUGGACGACACCACGGAUCCCAUUCUGUGCAACGUUCGACGCAUCGGUCUGUUCAACUCCAGGAACGACCGCGUCAAGGUGAUCUUCCACCCUGAGUUCCUGUCCUCCACCAGCCCCCUGCUACCCAUGGACUACGAGGACUUUGUCCGGGGCUGUAACCUCGGCGUGUUCCCUUCCUACUACGAGCCCUGGGGUUACACACCUGGCGAGUGCACCGUGAUGGGCAUCCCCAGCGUCACUACCAACCUGUCGGGUUUUGGCUGUUUCAUGGAGGAGCACAUCUCGGAUCCUGCUGCCUACGGGAUCUACAUUGUCGAUCGGCGCUUUCGUUCCCCAGAGGAGUCCUGCAAUCAGCUGACCCAGUUCAUGUUCUCCUUCUGCCAGCAGUCCCGGCGCCAGCGCAUCAUCCAGCGGAAUCGAACCGAGCGGCUGUCGGACCUGCUGGACUGGAGAUACCUGGGCCGGUUCUAUGUCCACGCUCGCCGCCUCGCUCUCAGCAGAGCCUUUCCAGACAAGUUCCAGUUUGACCCCGCGGUUCCUCUGAAGACAGAGGGUUUCCACUACCCCCGGCCCGCAUCUGUGCCCCCUUCUCCCUCUGCCUCUCUACACUCCACCCCCCACCACAGCGACGCAGAGGACGACGAUGAUGACAACGAACCGUACGACGAGGAUGAGGAGGCUGAGCGGGACCGGCUGAACAUCAAAGCUCCCUUUGUGCUCGGAGCUGUGCCGAAGGGGAAGAAGAAGCAGCCAGGAGAGUCUGGAAACUGAGAGGCAGCAAACUGUGCUUCUGUUGGGUUGUCUGGGUCACAUCUGUCUGCAUCUAUCCUGGAUCUAACAUGGAUUAGUAGCAGCAGUAGCUUAGUGCAUAAGGACAGUACUGUAGUAACCCCAUCCAAGACAACCUGUUAAAUGUUGUGUUCCAAAGUUGGAUCCUCAACGUAAUAAAAGUCCUGAUGUUUCAGAAGUGCUGUGCUCCUGUGUUCUAACCCUUGUCUAAAUAGCCUAUGUGUGAAAAGUUCAGAAGUUCAAUCAUUUCCAUAGCAACACACCAGAUAUUAUCCGAUGACCUUUAUUACACUAACAAAUGACCUUCAAAGAGAUGAAACCAGAAUCAGUUAUCUAUAGUCUGUUCCAACAUUAGCUCCCAUAUAAUAUAAACUAGAAGGUGAACAAAUCAAAGUCUGUCUAGAAGGCUCGUUCUUCACAUGCGUGAUGAGAUAAAACUAUUAAUCCCAGCAUCUACUGAAACAGUAUGGUGUUUUAGAAUAAGACCCCUCAGCAGCUGACUGUGACAGUGUCUGCUCAGUAUGAGAUUCGCUGUCUGCAAACAAGGGUUAAACAUCCUCCCUAAUAAGAUUUUAGAUAGAGAGACACUUUAUUCAGCCUCCAGCUGACCUUUAACCCACAGUCCUUGAGAUUGACGGGGAAGAUGUUCUAUAUUGAUUAUUAUGCACUAAUGAGAGAAUUAUCUGGGUUCAACAACAUUAUGUUGACAUCACCAAUGCCUGCAAAUCAUAAACACAGAUAUUGUCUGGAACCAGAAACACAGUUACCAAACUCUGUCCCGUGUUCCAACAGAACAGUGUUCUGGUUUCAGCCUGGCUGCAGUGGUUCCUCCUCAUCAUCACUAACUCAACCACAGUGCUCAUGUGCUACAUUGGUAAAUGAAGCUUCAGACCUCAGGUAACUUCGAAUGUUGCUAUGAAGUCAGUUUUAUUAAAAUUUGACACAAAAUGAAUUUUUACACAACAGCUGUUCCCUCAGAAACGGAGGCGCUGACAUUUGGAAACAAAGACAGUGACUACAAAAGAUAGAUGAUCAGAAGUAUUCCCUCUUCCACACGGGGAGCUCCUGGAAAUACACCUCGUCAGGGGCUUCAUCUGGAGGAGGAGAGGAAGAAGAAAGAUGAGCCGAGGCUGGUUGGGAAGGAAAAAUCACACGUCAUGUCAUUAAUACAUAGAAAGGCAAAGGUCAGGCAGUUUAAAGCAGAGGGUCCUCCACACUGGCUGUGAGUCACCUUUAGGCUCCACAGACAGAACCCUCCCCUUACCCCUGUCUCUGGCCUGCUGCAGGAAGUUGAGCAGGACGCUGGCCGCCUGGUCCACACUCAUCUUCUCUGUGUUCUGACUGCGAGUCUCUGCCAGGAAACAUCCAACACAUUUAGAGUGACCCACUCACAGUCCACGGUGGGUUCCUGCUGUUCCUGAAACACCUGGAGACGUUGUUAAUGUGGAAGUGAAUACCUAGGUGUAACGUGUCAUAGACAUCGCCUUCCUUCCGGUCCUCUGACACGAACCUACGUCCCUCUGGAAGCAAAGACAUUCAAACAGACGCUCGGACUUUCUGCACGGUGACGUCUAGUAUCAGCUGCUGCAUCGCUUUGUCUCUUCGCGAUGAAACAAAUACACAAGCUUCUAGAGACGGUAUGAAUGUGCUAACACAAGGAUUCCAGUGAAUACAUACGAGUGCCCUUGAGGUACAGCAUGGCCUGCGGGGUCCAGUUCCUCCGCUGGAAAGAGCCCUGAAGAAGACAGAAACACUGUUGGUUUGGUUCCUGAGGACAUGUGGGAUGCAGAGGAAGGCGUUUACCUUGGGUGCGCUCCACGACUGUGAAAUGAACGAUGACACGAUCAGCAGGGCGAGCACGUACGUCACUGUGAGAGUCCUCGAACCCUGUGAAGAUACAAAGACAUGAGUCAGACCGUGCAGGGCGAGAGGAGGAGUUCUGGUGAGGUCUGCUCACUUUCAUGGUGUCUGUCGUCCUGUCCAGAGCGGAUGAGGGGGAUCUUCCUCCGUCUGUAUUUAUACUCUCCGAGGCGAGGACGUGCACUCUCUCAUGAUGCCAGAAGCUAUAGGUCAAGCCAAUUUGAUGGAGUAGGUGCAGAUGAAACCACAGAUCAAUGCUGAUUUGUCUGAACCUGCAUUUACUGUGAAUAACUGUGGAUUAAAGAGCUGCCAUGGUGCUUUCUCAGAAUUAGCGAGCUGGCCCUGUGUUACCCCUGAAGGCAGUAAUGAGGAGCAUUAUUGACAUAAUCUUCACUGGCACUUUUUUUCAGUUACAAACAUCCAUCCAUUUUCUAAACCGCUUAUUCCCUAAUGCGGGGUCACGGGGGUCACCCAGCUGACUAUGGGCGAGAGGCAGGGUACACCCUGGACGGGUCACCAGUCCAUCGCAGGGCAAAACAUAGACAGACAGACAACCAUUCACUCACACACUCACACCUACGGGCAAUGGAGAGAAGCCAAUCAACCUAAUGCACGUCUUUGGACUGUGAGAGGAAGCCGGAGAACCCGGAGACACGGGGAGAGCGUGCAAACUCCACACAGAAAGGCACCAGGGCCGCCUCCGGGAAUCAAACCCAGAACCUUCUUGCUGUGAGGCGACACUGCUACCCACCGCACCACCGUGCCGCCCAGUUACAAACACUUUAGGAUUUUUGUGUUAAGCUCCUGACAUCAGGUCCACUUCAGACGUGUUUGUUUCUGAUCUGAGAUCUGUUUCUGUCCACAUGCACCUCUACAUGCAUCCAGGCUCUGGUUCCAGAUUCAAGGUGAUCCUCAGCCAGUGUGAAGCACUAAAGCUGCUUAUCCCAGCCUCAUGAGGCUUCAUUUGUUCCUUUAGGCCCCUAGUGGACAAAACUCAUGAUGGUCAACUGAUUACAAUGCCAUUAGUGGUUUGGGUUCACUUUUACGUCCCAUGAUGUCAGUAAAUAUAUAAACCUCCUAGUUUUUGAAUAUUAUAUGCUUUAUAUAUAUGUGAAUGGAGGACAGCACAUGUGCGUCUGUAACUUUAUUGAUUUUUAAUCAGAAAUAAUAAUAAUGAUGCUUCAGCCUGGAUGAAGUGAUAUCAUCGUAUUCAGGUUCUUUGUAACUGUAACAGUAAGUGAAGUAUGAAAAUGAAAUUCAUUGUCCUUCAGCUUCACCAGUGAUUUUGGAAAAUUCAUGAACUCUUACUUAUUAUUAUUAUUAUUAUUAUUAUUAUUAUGUUCAUAUCUUCGCUGGGAGAAAAUUGAUUAAACUAGUCCACAUGGG